AUGAAAGAGAAGACGUUCAGAAGAAGACUUUCACAAAAUGGGUAAACUCACAGUUGGCUAAGACAGGGAAGAAACCCGUCGAUGAUCUGUUCUCAGACCUGUGUGAUGGACGACGCCUGCUGGAGCUGCUGGAGGGGCUGGCAGGACAUGAGCUGGUGAGGUUGGAGAGAGGAUUCACACGCGUUCACUCUCUCAACAAUGUCAACCGUGCUCUGCAGAUCUUGCAGAAGAACAAUGUUGAAUUGGUGAAUAUUGGAGCGGCAGACAUUGUUGAUGGGAAUCACAAACUGAUUCUCGGGCUCAUCUGGAGCAUCAUUCUCCACUGGCAGGUAAAGGAUGUGAUGAAAGAUGUGAUGGCGGGCCUACAGCAGACCAACAGUGAGAAGAUUCUGCUGAGUUGGGUUCGUCAGAACACACGCCAAUAUCCUCAGGUCAACGUGGUUAACUUCUCCAGUAGCUGGAAUGAUGGAUUGGCCUUCAACGCCCUCAUCCACAGCCACAGACCUGAGCUUUUUGAUUGGAGCUCAGUGGAGAAGAAGACAUCGGCAAUUGACAGACUGGAACAUGCCUUUAAUAAGGCAGAACAACACCUGGGGAUAGAGAGACUGCUGGACCCUGAGGAUGUGGCGGUGCCUCAUCCUGACAAGAAGAGUAUCAUCAUGUACGUGACGUCGCUCUUCCAGGUGCUUCCCCAAAGCAUUUCUAUGGAAGCCAUCCAGGAAGUCGAGACGCUGCCGCGGGCGGCUGCAGCCAGCAUCACCCGGGUGGCAACAGAGGAGCACUACCAGAUCCAGACCCAGCAGCGCUUUUCCCAGCAGAUCACAGUGAGUGUGGCUCAGGGGCGAGUUCGGACUCCCUCCCCUCAGCCUCGCUAUAAAAGCUAUGCCUACACCCAGGCUGCAUAUGUCAAGUCGCCUGAACAAAAGAGGAGACGUUUUACUGAUCAGUCCCUGACUCCCGGCCAGGAGGAACUGCAGCGGGGCCUCAGUCCUCUGCCUCCGGGCUCCACCAGCCUGGAGAGUUACCAGGCUGCACUCGAGGAGGUGUUGACAUGGCUGCUGUCGGCUGAAGAUGGGUUACAGGCCCAGCCUCCCAUUUCCAACAACGUGGAGGAGGUGAAGGAACAGUUUCAUACACAUGAGGGCUACAUGGUGGAGCUGACCACGCACCAGGGCAGCGUCGGGCGGGUCCUACGGGCCGGCGCCGCCCUGCUGUCAGAGGGGAACCUAACUGAGGAUGAAGACUCAGAGGUCAGGGAGCAGAUGAAUCUCCUCAACUCACGAUGGGAGCACCUGAGAGUGGCUAGCAUGGAAAGACAAACCAGACUUCACGAGGUCCUCAUGGACCUGCAGCACCAGCAGCUACAACAGCUCACAGACUGGUUGGAUAUGACAGAGGCUCGGAUUAAGAGGAUGGGGGCUCAACCACUGGGUCCUGACCUGGAGGAUGUCAAGCAUCAAGUAGAAGAGCACAAGCUCCUACAGGAGGACCUGGAGUUAGAGCAGGUCCGGGUGAACUCUCUGACCCACAUGGUGGUGGUGGUGGAUGAGACCAGUGGAGACAGUGCUACUGCUGCUUUAGAGGGCAAACUUCAGGUACUCGGCGACCGCUGGGCAGCCAUUUGUAGAUGGACUGAAGAGCGCUGGAUUCUGCUUCAGGAGAUUUUACUUAAAUGGCAGCACUUCACUAAUGAACAGUGUUUAUUCGACUCCUGGUUGACCCAGAAGGAGGAGCUGGUCCGCUCCAUUAAGACCUCCAACGUGAAGGACCAGGCAGAGAUGGUGGCCUGCCUCCGCCGGCUUGCUACGGUGAAGGGGGAACUGGAGGUAAAACGUCCCACCAUGGACAAGCUGUGCUCCAUGAGUCAGGACCUACUGUCCAGCGUCAAGAACAAGGAGGUGGCCAGCAAACUGGAGGCCAGACUGGACAGCUUUGCCCAGCGCUGGGACCGGCUAGUGCAGAGUCUGGAGAUGAGCAGCUCCCAGCUCUCAUCGGCCAUCAGUGUGGCCCAGCAGUCCGAGCUGACCCACUCUGUCACAGCAACUGUUACCAAGGUGACAACAAGGGAUAAGGUGUCAGCGAUUCGCCAGACCCGAGAGUCGCCGCCACCACAGAAGAAGAGACAAGUCGUCGUGGAUUCUGAACUCAGGAAAAGAUUCAUGCAUCCUUUUGUGCUGUCUUUUCUCAGCAGGUUUGACGUGGACUUCACAGAGGUCCACAGUUACAUGACCCGAGGCGAGGCGAUCCUGCAGAGCCCAGAGUUCUCUGUGUCACGCAAAGACGGCAGUAUUCAGGAGCUGUAUGACAAAGUGCAGGCGAUAGAGAGAGAGCGUCCAGAGAAGUACCGAAAGCUCCAGGAGGCAACGCGCACUGCACAGACCCUGGUGGAGCAGGAGGGGAGUCGUGCUGAUGACAUUGCCCAGGCAGCGGAGCAGCUGAACCAGCGCUGGGUGGGUUUCUGUGCCCUGUUGGCAGACAGACUGGCAUGGCUGGCUUACCAGACAAAGGUCCUGGCCUUCUACAGCUUGUUUGAACAAUGUGAGCAGGCCGUGGACAGCAGUGAAAACUGGCUCAAAGUGCAGGCGCCUCCAGCCUCCGAACCAGAGCCGCUCAAAGUCCAACUGGACCGAUGCCGGCAUGUUUAUGAGGAAGUGGCUCGCCUGGCUUCCCUGCAGCCCCAGGUGGACCUGCUGGAGAAGAGGCUGAAGGAGCUGAAGGAGGGGAAAGAGGCGGAGGAGGACCCGUCCUUCCUGGACGCUGACAUCAACGCUUUCAAAGAGCAUUAUGAGCAAGUCCUGGAGGAUCUGAGGGCCAGAGAGAGGCAGUUACAGCUCGUGUUGGAGAGCUUACCCCCAGCUCGAUAUAAGGAAACCAUCUCAACACUGUUGGCAUGGUUACAACAGUGUGAGGCCAAGCUGGCCGUACCGUCCACAGCUGUAACUGAGUAUCCUAUUAUGGAGCAGAGAAUGAAGGACAUCCAGGCCCUCCAAGUGGCUCUGGCUGAACACCAGGGAGAGGUGGACUACCUGACCUCGACCGUGGAGCAGGUCUUCCAGAAGGCUCCACCAGAAAUCAGCCAAAAAUACCGCACAGAGAUGGAUGCCAUCAUGGCACGCUGGAGACGACUCGGCACCACGCUGACUGAUAACGCACAGAGGAUCCAGGAGCUCAUGGCCAAACUGAUGCAGUUCGAGAAUGAUGUAAAGACACUAAAGAAGUGGAUGGCAGAUGUGGACGUCUUUCUGAAUGAGGAAUGGCCGGCUUUAGGCGACUCUGAAGCACUGGAGAAACAGUUAGAGCAGUGCACUGCUCUGGUGAACGAUAUUCACACCAUCCAGCCCAGCGUCAACGGCAUCAACGAAGUGGGCUUGUACCUUAAAAAGGAAGCAGAGCCGCCGUUUGCCAUCCACAUCCAGAAGGAGCUGGACGAGCUCAAUGCUCAGUGGGAGAAUGUAUGCAAACAGGCCUAUGCUAAGAAGUCUGCUCUGAAAGGAGGCUUAGAUAAAACCAUGGCCCUGAGGAAGGAGAUGCAGGAGAUGCAGGAGUGGAUCAACCAGGCUGAGGAAGACUACCUGGAGAGAGACUUCACAUACAAAACUCCAGAAGAGCUUCGCAAGGCUGUUGAAGAGCUCAAGAGAGCCCAGGAAGAGGUCCAUUCUAAGGAGCUAAAGGUCAAACUCCUGACCGACAGUGUGAACAGCUUUAUCGCCAAAGCUCCGCCAACGGCCCACGAUGCCUUGCGCUCUGAGCUGGAUGUGCUAACAGCAAACUACCAGCGUCUGUGCAGCCGCCUGGAUGGGAAAUGUAAAACUCUGGAGGAAGUAUGGGCCUGUUGGUGUGAGUUGCUCUCCUAUCUGGAGCAGGAAAACGCAUUCCUGGACCAGCUGGAGCAGAAACUAGAUGAGACAGAAAACCUCCAAGGAGGAACAGAGGAGCUGCAGGAGGCGCUCGAUAGCCUGGAAGUUCUUCUGCGCCACCCAGAGGACAACAGGAACCAGAUCCGAGAGCUGGCUCAGACUCUGAUGGAUGGAGGCGUUCUGGACGAAUUAAUACAACAAAAACUGGACGCUUUCAACACACGAUGGGACGAACUCAUGGCAAGGGCGGCGCUCAGGCAGAAGGAGCUGGAAAAGAGCGUCCAGUGGGCCCAAGAGAACGACAAGGCGCUCCGGCACAUCCAGGACGCACUGGCUAACACUGACCGUCACCUGACCACCUACCUGGCUGACCACAUCGAUGCCCAGCAGAUUCCUCAGGAGGCUCAGAAAAUCCAGACAGAACUCAGUGGCCAUGAAGCAACACUGGACGACAUGAAGAAGAAGAACCAGGAGAGAGAGAGUCCCCAGAGGAUCAUGGAACAGAUUGACCUCACCCAGAAAAUGUUGGCAGAUGUCUGGACAAAGUUCAGGCUUUUCCAGAAGCCAGCCAACUUUGACGCUCGGCUGGCCGAGUGUGAGCGUGCGCUGGCCGGGGUCAAAAGUCAGGUCGGGGUGCUGGACAUCCGCAGUGUGGAGCAGGAUGUAGUGCAGGCACAGCUGGAGCAGUGCAUGAAGUUGUACAAGGUGUUGAGUGAAGUGAAAGGUGAGGUGGAGACUGUGAUAAAAACAGGCCGACAGAUCGUCCAGAAGCAGCAGACUGAGCAGCCCAAAGAGCUGGACGACCGUGUGACUGCCCUGAAGCUGCUCUACAACCAGCUGGGAUCACAGGUAACAGAAAGUAAACUAGAGCUGGAGAAGAGUCUGAAACUGUCGAGGAAGCUGCGUAAAGAGCUGAACGGACUGACUGAGUGGCUCGCUGCCACGGACGCCGAACUGACCCGGCGCUCUGCUGUUGAUGGCAUGCCCAGUGACCUAGAGGCGGAAGUGGAGUGGGCACAGUCCAUCCAUGGGGAGACGGAGCGGCGUCAGCCUCAGCUGCAGGCUGUGGUGGACCUCGCUGAGGCCCUGAAGGCUGUGCUGAAGGGCCACGGGGGCCUGGUAGAUGACAAAGUCAGCCUGCUGCGCUGCAACUGGAUUGCAGUCACAUCCAGAGCAGAAGAGUGGCUCAACCUACUGCUGGACUAUCAGCGACAGAUGCAGAAGCUGGAUGGACAGAUAGAGGAAGUGAACGGAUGGAUUGAUGGAGCAGAGAAAAAGAUGGAUGAGAUUGACAGCCAAGGACCCAACGACGCUGUGCUAAAGGUUUUGCGUGCUGAGUUGGAGAUGACGAAGGAUAAGAUGGAGGAAGUGAGGACUCUGGCCCAGGAGCUCAUGUCCACCAGGGGGGAGAACUGCCAAGCCCAGGUGGGACCCAAAGUGGAGCAGCUCAACCAGCGCUUUGACACCAUCUCACAACGCAUCGCCUCUGGACUGACGGCAGCAUCAGCCAAGGAGCUGGAGCAGUACCACAGCGAAGCACAAAUCUGGUUGGAGCUCCUGGAGGAGGAAGUCAAACAGGGGGAAAAUCUGAAGGAGGAGGACUUCCAGGAGGACAAGGAUUGUGAAGAAGGUGCAGUGAAGGAGUUAUUGUUGAAAGGAGAGAAUCUACAGAAGAGAGCCCCAGAUCAGGAGAAAAGAGAGCAAGUCAGACUGAAACACAACCAGCUCAACAGCAAAUACAACACUGUGAAGGAUCUGCGCUUGCUGAGGAACAGGAAGGCUUUGGCCAUCGCUCCCCAGUGGUACCAGUACAGGAGGAAGUCACAUGAUCUACUGGCCUGGCUGGACGAUAUCCAACGCAGCGUCGACCAACUGCCCGACCCCCCUGAAGGGGAGAGGGUCAAGGAAAUUGGCUCAGAGUUCGACAAGAAGAAGGAGGAGCUUAAGGAGGUGCAGGGCUUAGCCAAUCAGCUCUCAGAAGCUGGAGCCGCCAAUCUAGUGGAGCCCCGCCAACUCCAGCUCAACACGCGCUGGGUUGAGGUGGAGGGCAAGUUCAUACCCUUCAAAAGACAAUGUUUUCCGGAUCAGCCUGUAACUGAAGAUGAGUACCUAACAGAGCUGCAGGCGUUGCUGCGUUCAGUGUCAGAGACGGACUUCAAGCUGAACUCUCCUGAAUACUGGCCUGCAGCUUAUUAUAACCUGCCUCAGCAAGAACACUGCCUUAAGGAGGUGAAAGGGAGUAUCGACAAGCUGCGAGGCCCAGUCGAGGGGGCAUUGGCCAGGAGAGAGGAGAUGGCUUUGGGGGCGCGGCCUCUGGAGGGUCAGAGGAUCCAGGAAACCGCCGGUCUUCUUAGUACAAACUGGGAGAAACUUAACAAGCUCUACCAGGACAGAAUGAAGCGCUGGCAGGACUGCAACUCCAAGUGGCACAAGUUUGUUUCGGACCAGAAGGCGCUUGAGGAGUGGCUGAAUGAAGUGGAAAGUACUCUGAAACUGGCCGAGACUGACCCCACAGCACACAAACAGCACCUCAGGGACUUGACGGAGGCGAUACCAGUCCAGGAAGUAGUGCUGGGCAGAGUGAACUCUGCAGGAGAGGACAUCAGCCAGUUGAGCACACCAGACGAUGCCUCGCAGCUCAGAACACAGCUUAAAUUACACAACACUCGCUGGGCUAACGUCUGCCAGCAGCUCAAUGAGCGCAAGAGGAGGUCUGCAGAGGCGAGGACAGCAGCGGCAGAGCUGCAGGAGGACAUGGGCUCGAUGGUGGGCUGGCUAAACAAAGCGGAGGGCGUCCUGGCCAUCCCUCUGCAGCCCGCCGAGCCACAACACAUCAGAGACACUCUGGGCAAAGUGCAGGCACGUGUGGAGGAACUUCCAGCUAAGAAGGCAGCGAUGGAAGACUUGAACCUGAGACACAGACAGAUAACGCUUCCUGCUGACAAACAAAAAGACAUCAGGAUCAUCAACAGUCGCUGGGCACAGGUGUCCAAGGCUUUGCCUGAACGUCAGCUGGAGCUCGAGGGUUUGCUAAAGGAGCUGGAGAAGCUUCAGGGUCAGAUGGACGACCUGUCAGCCUGGGCGUCCAGUACCAGAGCGAAGCUGGAGCACAGCCCAGAGGAGCCCCCUCCCAGACUCAUUGAAGAAAUUCAAGUCAAACAGCCAGAGGUGGAGUUCGUGUUGGAGCGAGCUGAUCAACUGUACAAGGAUGUUCCUCCAAGCCAACCAGACAAGGUGAAACAUGACAAACUAAGAGAAGACUGGAUGGUGAUCCUGGAGCUGGUACGGCAGCAUAAAGAGAGAAUGGCUGCCCUGCUAGUAGCUAAAAAAGCCAAUGAAAAUCUAACAGGAAGCUCCCAGCCUGAAUCGGCGGCUCUGGCUCAGUUUAACAAAUCCUGGGCUGAGCUCACGGAUUGGCUGACCAUGCUGGAUAACAUGGUGCAGAACAAACGCGUGGUGGUGGCAGAUCUGGACGACAUCAACGACAAUAUCGGCAAACUUAAGGUGUCUCUGCAGGAACUGGACCAGCGGCGCCCCCUAUUGGAGAGACAGGUCACAGCAGCCCAGAACCUGAAAAACAAAACCAGCAACCAGGACACCCGCAACGCUAUCACGGAGCGCAUCGACAGGCUUCAGGCUCACUGGGAGGACACACAAACUAAAGUCUCUGAUAGGAUGAAGCAACUCCACAACAUGGUGCAGGACUCCACCAACUGGCUGGAUGCCAAGAAAGGUGCAGAUCAUCUUGUCAAACAGGCAAGCGAGAGGCUGGAGUCCUGGCAGGAGAUCACGUACACCGUGGAGGCUCUAAAGAAACAAAACAGUGAACUAAAGAGUUUUGUGAAGGAGCUGCAGCAGUGGCAGGGUCAGGUGGAUGAAACCAACGCACUGGCCAACAAGCUGCUGACACUAUACGCCAAUGACGACACACACAAGGUCCACCAGGUCAACGACAACAUGAUGGCCACCUGGAACCAUGUCAACAAACGAGUUUCUGAUAGAGAGGCUGCACUGGAAGGUGCACUGAAGCUACUGCAACACUUCUACCUCGACCUGGAGAAGUUCCUCAAUUGGCUAACGGAGGCUGAAACAACCUGCAACGUUUUAAUCAACGCCACCAACAAGGAGAGACUGCAGGAGCAGCCUGAGGCAGCUAGAAACCUGUUAGCGCAGUGGAAGGAUCUUGAGGCAGAGAUUGACAGCCACACUGAGCUGUACCACUCACUGGAUGAGAAUGGCCAGAGGAUCCUAAACUCACUGGGCGAGACAGAGGAUGCAGCAAUGCUACGGAGACGCCUGGACAACAUGAGCCAGCGCUGGAACGACCUCCGCAACAAGACACUAAGCAUGAGGGCCCACUUGGACUCGGAGAUGGCCCCGUGGAAGAGACUGCACAUGUCACUCCAGGAGCUCCUGAACUGGCUGAGAAUGAAAAGUCAACAAUUGGAGCAGGAACCGCCUGUAGGAGGUGACGUUCCUGCUGUGCAGGCACAGCUGGACACACACAGGGGUUUCAGGAGGGACUUGAGAGCCAAGGAGCCAGUUGUGACCAAAGCACUGGACGAUGUUGGAAUCUUUUUGUCUGAACUACCCAGAGAAACACCAUCGCCUGAGCAGAGAGAUAUCAGCCCGGAGGAGCGUGCACAAAAUGUGGGGCGAAUCCUGCGCAAGGAAGCUGAUGACGUAAUAACCAAGUGGGACCGGCUCAAUGCCGACGCGGCCGACUGGCAGCGGAGGCUGGAGUUGGCUUUGGACCGACUGAUGGAGCUGCAGGAGGCGGAGGACCUGCUGGAUGGACAGCUGAGGCAGGCGGAGAUGGUGAAGGAGGCAUGGGAACCCGUGGGAGAUCUGCUGAUCGACUCACUACCGGAGCACAUUGAUAGGGUCAAGGAGUUCCAGGAAGAAAUUGCUCCUAUUCAAGAUGAUGUAACACAUAUGAACCAGUUGACGUCCACUUUCGGUCCGCCUGACAUCCAGCUGUCUCCUAGCAACCUGGAGCGCAUUGAAGACCUGAACACACGCUGGAGACUGCUCCAGGUGUCCAUCAAAGAACAUCUGAAGCAGCUGACAGAUGCUCACAGGGACUUCGGCCUUACGCACGCAGGAUCUGUAGAGAGCCCCUUUGAGCAGGGUGUCUCCCCAAAUAAUGUGCCCUACUACAUAAAAGAGGAAUCUGGACCGAGCCAGAUGACCGAGACCCUCCACCAGACCCAGACAACAUGCUGGGACCAUCCCAAGAUGGCAGAGCUCUACCAGUCUCUGGCCGACCUCAACAACGUUCGAUUCUCCGCCUACCGAACAGCCAUGAAGCUCAGACGGCUGCAGAAGGCUCUCUGUCUGGACCUGCUGAGCAUGCCCGUUGCAUGCGAGGUAUUCGACCAGCACGGCCUGAAACAGAAUGAGCAGCUGCUGGAUAUCUCACAGCUGGUCACCUGUCUGACCAGCUUGUACCAGCGGCUGGAACAGACCCACUCCCACCUGGUGAACGUCCCGCUGUGUGUCGAUAUGUGCCUCAACUGGCUGCUGAACGUCUACGACACUGGUCGCACCGGAAAGAUCCGGACUCUGUCUUUCAAAACUGGAAUCAUCUCACUCUGCAAAGCUCACCUGGAGGAUAAAUACAGAUUCUUGUUCAGGCAGGUUGCCAGUGCCACAGGUUUCUGCGACCAGCGUCGUCUGGGCCUCCUCCUCCACGACUCCAUCCAGAUCCCCCGGCAGCUCGGGGAGGUCGCCUCCUUCGGCGGCUCCAACAUUGAGCCCUCCGUCCGCAGCUGCUUUCAGUUCGCCAACAACAAGCCCGAGCUGGAGGCAGCGAUGUUCCUGGACUGGAUGCGCCUGGAGCCCCAGUCCAUGGUUUGGCUACCCGUCCUGCACCGUGUGGCUGCUGCCGAGACCGCCAAGCAUCAGGCCAAGUGCAACAUCUGCAAGGAGUGUCCCAUCAUAGGAUUUAGAUAUCGGAGUCUGAAACAUUUCAACUAUGACAUUUGCCAAAGCUGCUUCUUCUCUGGCCGUGUCGCCAAGGGACACAAGAUGCAGUACCCCAUGGUCGAGUACUGCACUCCGACUACAUCAGGGGAGGAUGUCAGGGACUUUGCCAAGGUGCUGAAGAACAAGUUCAGGACCAAGCGUUACUUUGCCAAACACCCACGCAUGGGCUACCUGCCGGUCCAGACCAUUCUAGAGGGAGACAACAUGGAAACUCCUGUCACUCUGAUCAACUUCUGGCCCGUAGACCAUGCGCCUGGAUCGUCUCCUCAGCUCUCACAUGACGACACACACACUCGGAUUGAGCACUACGCCAACCGGUUAGCAGAAAUGGAGAAUCGUAAUGGCUCUUAUCUGAAUGACAGUAUCUCACCCAAUGAGAGCAUCGAUGACGAGCACAUGUUGAUCCAGCACUACUGCCAGUCUCUGAACCAAGGCUCUCCUCUCAGCCAGCCCCGCAGCCCCGCCCAGAUCCUCAUCUCCAUGGAAACGGAGGAGAAAGGAGAGCUAGAGAGGGUCCUGAAUGACCUGGAGCAGGAGAACAGGAAGCUACACGCUGAGUACGACCGUCUGAAGAAGGCUCACGACAGGAAGGGCCUGUCGCCGCUGCCGUCGCCCCCGGGGAUGCUCCCAGUGUCGCCACAGAGCGCACGGGACGCCGAGCUCAUCGCAGAGGCUAAACUGCUGCGGCAACACAAAGGACGUCUGGAAGCUCGAAUGCAAAUACUGGAGGAUCAUAACAAACAGCUGGAAUCCCAACUGCACAGGCUGAGACAGCUCCUGGAACAGACGGAUUCCAAGGUGAACGGCACAGCUCUGUCCUCUCCCUCCACCUCCUCUCAGCGCUCCGACUCCUCCCUCCCUCUGCUCCGCGUGGCCGCCAGCCAGACUACCGAUACAAUGGGUGAUGAUGAGCUGUCCAGCCCUUCCCAAGAUGCAUCUGGGCUGGAGGAAGUGAUGGAACAGCUCAACAAUUCUUUCCCUCAUAGCCAGGGUCCCAGUAUUGGCAGUUUGUUCCACAUGGCUGAUGAUCUGGGCCGUGCCAUGGAGUCCCUGGUCAACGUGAUGACAGACGAGCAGAGCGCCGAACAGCACGAGGCCCUGCCCUUCUGAUCCCCCCCCCCCCGUCCUUAAGCCCCGCCUCCUUACCCCCCGUCCCCCGUCCCUGUUCCUACCUAUCGCAUGCUUUUCUAGUCAAAACAACUGGAUCGGAAACACAGUUUACAAAGAGAAUAUAUAACGUCUAUUUUUGUGAAGGAUUGCGGUUACAGCAACGACGCGUAAAAAGAAAACAAAAACAUUAUAACUUGUAGAUUUCAGUAGUUUCUUAAAAACGUCCUGAAGUUGUUUUAUUAUUAACAGAGGCUGGUUUUUAAACUUCUAUGCAAUUGUAUAAAACAAGAGUGGGUUUGGUGGGGUGGGACAAAGAACGAUGAGAUACAAAUAAGUGUGUUUGACGUGAUCGUAUAUUUGCCAUCUCUUUGUAAUCGGGGAAACAGCUAAAGCAUUUCAGACAUUUGUAUCAAAAAAAAAAAAAGAAUGAUUGUAAUCAUAAGGGUGCUUUCUAAGAGGAAAAUGUCUUUCUAUAACAGCGUACACUACUGUCAAGGUAAUGCAGGCAUCCUGGAUCUUUACAGUACGUUGUCUGUGGAAAUGUGCGUGCGUGUUAGAGUGUGUGUGUGGGCGUGGGUGGGUGUGUGUGUGUGUGUGUGUGUGUGGUGCCUAAUUUCCACAUAACAUUACAGCUUUGUUUGGAUUUGGCUGACAAACCUCACAUUUAUUUUGAGUGAUUCAUUCAUCUUUACAUCUGUCCAUGCAUCCAUCCAUCUGCCCUUCUAUUCAUUUUCCCUGUUAUUAAUGUCUCCAUGGCAACCCUGUAUUUGUUUUCAGCACAGCGUACUGUGUGCAUAAACAGACACUGUAAAAGACCCGACUCAGAACUGUCAUUAAUCCAAUCUAAUGCACAUAAUAGGACGCGAUUAGACACAAUCGGCCGAUUAUUGGAGCGCCCUUUAACAAAAAUCAAAGUCCAUAAUGAGUCAGAUUUAGAAACAGCCAAACGACCUUUUUUUAAUCAUUACAACACGAAACAGAAGACAAAAAAGACACAAAUACAGACUGGAAGUGUGACUUUUUAUCAACUCAGUGACAUUUGUCGUUCUGUUUGUGAGCUUUAACAAGUAACAUCUUGAGAAAUGAAUAAAAGUUCAGUGCUUACAGUCAGUCUGGUCUGAUGUGACAUUUAAUGACAGUCAAACACACAACAAGAAGGAGCUUUUAUCCAUUUCUUUCAGUCAUAGUCCAAUUUAGUGAUAUUUUAACAUUUUGCACAUUAAAAUUUCUCUACUGGAGGAGCUCCAUGCUACAUAUUUAGUUGAUUUCCAACCAUGUUCAGAUUCAGAGAUAUUGUAUGUAAUACCCCGUGUCGGUGACAUCACAUCCCCUUUAAAAUAUAGUCAUUCUCAGCUGAAAAAUAAUAGACACACAUAAUUACACUUGCCAAAUGCGUAAACAUAAACACUUGGUAACAAUAAUAUAGUAAUGAUCCACUCACCCUGCUUACUGCCAGAUAUAACUUAAAGAUACUGUAUUUAACAUUUUCACAUUAAAACUGUUGAGUUUUAUACUUUUCUACUCACAAAUUGUCUCCAAAGAAUUUUUAAUUUAGAGAAAUUUCAUUUGGUCACCUGUUAAACAUUGUUUACCAUCACUUGAAGCUGUUUUUGACACUAUAUUAAAGUUGCUAAUAAUAGUUUCAUGGGUUGUAACUCCCAUCAUCCCUUGCUACAUCUUUUGUUAUUGUUGCGAUUAUGGGAAAAUCCACAGUGGACAUUUAACCUUGACUAAAAGCACAGAUCAGUGCCAUUUUCAUGUCAAAAAAUGAAUAUAGUGUUCUUUUCUGAUUAACGUUACAGGAAAACUGUUAAGAUAUUUCAUAAAUGUUUGCAUUUCUCGUUGUCUGUCAGUGUAUAUGACUUUACUCCCAACGACUUCAGUGAGAGCCGCAGCCUUGUCAAAGCUAAGAUGAGUCAUGGCGUAUACGGCCACGCAUAUUAAUAACAACUGGUGUCGAGGAAAGCUUGUUCAGUCGUAGUGUUCACUAAAGCAACAUCGGCCCUCCUCAUUAGUCAUCCCUGUCCUCUUUAUGAAGCCGGAUGAUAUUCAUAGGAGAAAUAAGUCCAAAUGGGCAUUUUUUUACCCGUCCAAGCUGUUCAUGAGAGCUUAUGAAAUUCAGAGGUGAAUUAACAUAGAAGCUGCCAAUAUGUGAUGUUAUUUUUACAUUAUUAAUGAUUUUUAGUAAAGGGCGCUCAGUUCUGUUUCGGGCUGCAACAGAAGUAAAACCAUUAUUGCACUGGCAGAUGUUCAGGAAGUGUUUAUGGUCAAAAUACUUCCUGAAGGUCUUUGGAGAACAUGCAGUACACUGUGUUUGGGUAAAGAAGUUAAAAGUUAAAGUACUGUAAGAGGAGCUGAGAAGAAUGUGGUUUUAAUUUGGUUCUUAGCACUAGAUUGUUACCAGACUACUAGUCGGGGAUUUUUUUUUUUGAGCAGGGUGAAAUUCGGAUAACGCAAGCUCUACCUCGUGUGAAUUGUGAAGGUCCAGUUCGGAGGCGAUUUCUCUACUGUACUCAGCCUGGCAGUCCUCUCGGAUUGCCUCAGUGCUCAGCUAAUUGAUUUUUAUUAUUUUCUUUCACUCCUGCUCCUUAAAUCUGAAUGUCCGGAUGCAUUCAUUGCAUUUCGACUCAAGUAUAUAUAUAUAUAUAUAUAUAUAUAUAUAUAUAUAUAUAUAUAUAUAUAUAUAUAUAAAACAAUCAAUCCAGAAGAACCCGUGCACUACUGUCAUAUCUGGGACGUACUAGAUAUUUGUUUUGUGUGUGGACGAUGCAAUCAUUCUAGUGAGUGUUACACUUUGUCUUUGGUUAAAAGGUUUUUGUUUAGUGCUGUGUGAGGUGUUCUGAUAUUAGCAUGUGCGACUAAGUCAUAAUUUAAUGUAUAACCACUCAAAGGUUUGGAGAGUAGACGGUGUGUCUUUGCAUAAGAAUAUUUGCAGCAUGAUCCAAAAGGUUUGGAUGCAGACACUGAAUUUGAUUUGAUUUUUAUUUUAUUCACUUCUAACUUUUGUUUUGUUUUGCUCAUCCUCACAUCAUUUCUCAAAUAACGCGUCAAUACUUCACAACAUAUCAGAUUCCACCAAAUAUAUGCCUUACUACUGUAUUAUAAAAUGCUUUACUGUAUAUCAAUAAAGCACGCAGUUAUGUUGAUUUGA